GUUGAAAAACUUAACCUACCAUAACCUACACUACACAUAUUUACACCUAACCUAUACUAUUCCUCUGAGAUCGCAAUAUCCGACGAAAACAAACGUGAAGCGUCAACUAUGGCUCAACAAAAUACACACGGUGAUCACAAGGAGAAGAAGAGGAAGGAGAGUAUUUUGGAUUUAUCAAAAUAUCUGGAGAAAAAUAUUCGUGUGAAAUUUGCCGGUGGUCGAGAAGCUGCUGGAAUUCUCAAGGGAUACGAUCCUCUGCUCAAUCUGGUGCUGGAUAACACCACAGAGUAUCUCAGAGAUCCAGACGAUCCAUACAAACUGAACCAGGACACACGUAUGCUAGGACUCGUGGUGUGCCGAGGAACGUCAGUAGUGUUAAUUUGUCCCGUCGAUGGUAUGGAAUCAAUUCAAAAUCCAUUUAUUCAACAGGAUAGCUAGUCAACUGAUCAAUGAAUUCUUAAACAAUUAUAAAAAUUCCUGUUCGAAAGUAAAUAGAUCCAUAAAAAUCUGGAGGAUCUAAUUGGGGAAGAUGUUCCCCAUAUGUGUCAUUUACAACCAUAAAAAUGUUGAAUCGAAUGGUUAGGGAUCAGUAAAUAAGUAUCAAUAUUUUUUUCUAUCGUAAAACAGUGAUUUUCAUCUCGAUUCUGCAAAAGAAUAAAUAUCAUUUCUUCUACA